AUGUCGUUGUCACCUUUAAACUUUCCUUCUCUUCCUCGAGAACUUCAGGGUUUUGUUGUGAAAUGGUUGCACGAUGCUGAGGCUCAGCGUUUUUUCAGAGGAAACAAAUAUACAAAAACCUUGAUCGAAAAAAGGGGGAUUUUCCCCGGCUACAUCGCCGAGAUCAAAAUUCGCAUCGGACAAUCGUCUGACAAUGAUUUCGCCGUAUUCGUUGAUGUUUAUCCAAGACAUUUUCGAGGCGAUUCAUCAGAUAAACAACAAUGGCUUCUCAAUUUCAAUCAGUUUGAUUCACUAGCCAAGUCAAAAACUCUAUGGACAGCUCUGACUCGUAUUCCCGUCUAUCGCUGUUUAUCGAUCGAUGCCGACGAAGAGGAGCUGGGCGCCGUCGAUCUUGACUCGUUUGUCGAAUUCUUAACGUUUUAUCGGCCGGCUUGCCCACUUUUCGCCCAGAUUCGACGUCUACACAUUGACGGUGAGCCUGAAGUGAUCAAGGUGUUGCUUCCACAUUUGCACUUGAGCAGUAUCGAGAAAAUCAGUGUACGGCUACCGUUUGCCCGCAUCGACACUCUUGUCUUUCAAACGUAUUGGACGGAGAUAUUGAGCCGAUCACAUCGGGAUUGCCCUUAUGUGCUAGUGAUUUUACUCGACGAGCAAACCCCGUGGACGAUGAUCGAUAUUGAAUCAAAUGCUCGGCACUUCGAGUUUAACUGUGAUCUGCUCGAGCUCCUCGAGACGGCACUCAACGAGAUCCUUCAAAAAGGAAUCCCGAGUCGAGAUCCUAAUGUCACCGCUCAGAUUCGAAAUUAUCUUAGCGAGGCCGACUGUGGAGAAAUGAAAUGUGUGCAUGAAAAGCUCUUAAAUUUAAUUGUAAAAAACCCUGGAACAAAACAAGUGGAAAUUGGUGCAUUAUCAGCCUCGGAGUUGGCUCAAUUUCAUUACUUGCAUCGCCAGAGCUCGUUCAAAUACUACGCAAAGACACUAGUCUCAAAUGCCGGUGUUCGAGUUUGGUUAAACGAGAGGGACACGGCGGAAGCACGGGUCCACUAUUUCAUUCAGACGAGAGAUCAACGAGAGAUCGUCAUUGUGCUAUUCGUUGAUCAAAAGCUCGACGCACCCGAUCCGGCUGUCGAUGUCAAUGUGGUUUGGAUUCCGAGAUUU